ACCCGCUUCCCCAUGGACCUUCUUCCUCAGACCCUCUCAGGUGCGUUACCCUUCACCCUGGUUUAGGGUUAGGGUUUCUGAAAUUACUUUCUCCAAUUUCUCCCUCUCUUUGCGUCCCGAGCUUUUCUGGUUUCUCUACAAUGGAAGAACCAUCUUCUUCUUCCUCCUCCUCAUCUUCUUCUCACGGUGCUUUCAUCAGUAGGGACACUUCAGGUGCUGCUGCGACGUCGUCUUCGAGCGCUUCGCAGGUCCGCGAAGAGGAGGACGAUCACAAUCAGUAUCAGCAGCACACCGAUUUUCGGCAUCCGGAGGUAGAAACCCACGAAAUCGGCACUUCUUAUGGAGCAAACCUAUCGCCAUUCGAUGAGGUGUCAACAAUCAUUCGGGACGACACUUGGUCCUGCAUCAUCGUCCUCCUCACCUUCUGGUUCUUUGUUUCGAUGACUUUGAUUUUGGGAGUGUAUGGGUCUUCAAGUUUAGAGCUAGGCCCUAAUAGUUCAAUUCUUCUGCAACCUAACUCCAUAUUUGUGCAGUCUGUAAAGGUAGAAGAGCUGAAUAUAUCAAGUCCUGGCCCUGUACUAUAUGGUUUCUAUCAUACUCCUCCUCUUGAUACUGAGACAACUUGGUCAGAAACGCAUACUGUCUCCGUUCCAGCUGAUUCUCAUCAGGAGUGGAUAUAUUUCCUAAAUGGCGGGUCUCAAAUAAGUAUAUCAUACAGCGUGUACUCCUCUGUUUUUCUUAUUAUCGCUCAAGGUAAAGAAGGCCUCGCUCAAUGGCUUGAAGAACCAACAUAUCCUAAUACUACUUUAUCAUGGAACCUCAUUCAUGGAAGUGGUAUGAUUGAGCAGGACAUAUCAAAGUCUUCCAGUUACUAUGUUUCUGUGGGUAACUUGAACACAGAGGAUGUGGAGGUGCAAUUGAACUUCACAGUGAAUGCUUUAUUGUACAAUACAAGUGCAGCUUAUUACAAGUGUUCUUUCAAGGGUGCAUCCUGUAGUUUGAAAAUUUUGUUUCCCGAUGGAAAUGCAGCUGUAUUAACCUCUCCUGGUCCAGAGCAGGAUAUACCUAAUGCAAACCAGUAUGUCAAACUGUCAUAUGGACCAAGAUGGGCCACUUAUAUUGUUGGUAUAGGUGGGAUGACUGUGCUUAUGUUAGUGGCCUUCAACUUCAUGAACAAGUUCCGAUGUACCAAUGAAGAUGGAAUAAGAAUACAACAGGACGGUUUCAGAUCUGAGAGAGCCCCAUUGCUUUCAUACAAAGAUGAGGAUCAAUCAAGUUGGGGUUCAUCGUAUGACUCUGCCUCGAAUGAUGAGGGGGAUCUUGAAGACUUUCUGGCAGCAGGUUCUCUUGAAGGGAAGUCAGUAAGAGAUGGUGAAAGUAAUAAUACUCGUCGUCUUUGUGCAAUUUGCUUUGAUGCUCCUAGGGACUGCUUUUUCCUUCCCUGCGGGCACUGUGUGGCUUGUUUCGAUUGCGCAACAAGGAUAGCAGAGGCAGCUGCUACUUGUCCAAUUUGUCGUAGAAACAUAAAGAAGGUGAGGAAGAUUUUUACAGUUUAAGUAAUACACAGCUCCAUGUAAUACCGGUAGGCGCCAUUACUUUACUGCCUGUCAAUAGAACUGGUGAAGCUAAUUUUAGCUGGUUACCGGGGUAGUUUCUGAGUGUGGAUUGGCCAUGCCUUGUGGUUUUUCAGUGGCUUUCCGGUAUGUAAUAUGAUUUCCGGCUGUAGAAAGCCUCAAUACGCCCAAAAUAGGAUAAGUAAUUCAAAAGUGUAUUCUUUACCCCCACGUUGUAGGUUGGGUUCAGUUUUUGGGUUUUCUAUAUCAAUCUUCAAUGGUAACAAUGUUGUUGAUGUAUAUUACUAUAUUGUUUGGUUAA